UGGUCGUGACUGUAGGCGCGCCUUUUUUUUCGUUACUCUGUUGUAAUAAUAAUAAUAAUUCAGCUGCCGAGGGAAAAAUUUACGAGAGAAUAAUAGCAAUUAAAAAAGUGCUUUGUGUGUUGUUUUUGUUUGAGAGAAGAAAAAGACUCUCUCUUGUUCCUCUCUUUGGCUCCGUGUUUGUACAACGACGGUCAUCAUGGCACGGCCGCAUCGAGAGUGCGAUUAAAUAAAUAAAAAAAAGUAGAAAAAUAGUGUUGUAUAUACCAGUGCUACAUCCAGUACGCAGAAAGAAGAGAGAAAGGAGAGGAGAAAAAGUGUUAGGAAAAAAAAUAUAUCGAUGUUGUGCAGUUGACGAGUGCGAGAAAAGAGAUCAUGGCGUACAAGUACCGCGAGGAGAUGGUGGGCAAGAGGUUCCUCUCGGUGAGCGGCUUCUCGAAGCUCAAGCUCAACCGAAUUGCCGAGUGGGGUUGGCGUGCUGGAGUCAUACGCGCUGCCAGCCACAGGGAUAAUCUUUGCCCAGACCUCCAAGUGCUGGUGGAGUACGACGACGUGGACUGGCAGCGACGCGAGUGGCUGUCGCCGCACCGAGACACGGUGUUCUCGUUCUUCCUGGUGGAGAAGGGCCUGAACUGGUCGGAGCGGGCCGACCCGAAGCACGCGAGCCUGCUGGCCGUCGAGCAGCACGGCGGCGCCAACAACAACCACCCGCACCCGCUGCGCGUCAACGGCAAGCCGUCGCGCGGCGGCCAGAGCGGCGCCGCCGGCUCCGCCGUGCCUUGGCCCGCGAUCGCCUUCUUCCCGCUGGUGGCGCGCGCCGAGCUCCCCGACGACUCCACGCCCGUCGAGUUCAUGCAGGACCGCAAGCUCGAGUUCAUCGACUACGCCAGCCUCAAGCCCUUCACUACCGAUUGGGAGCUGAGCAAAGGCUCGUCGGCGUGGGCGUCGUCCGUGCGGCAGUGGGCCGAGAUGCAGGACGGCCAAAGUAUCCUGCUCACCACGCCGAGCGUGCUGGUGGGCUUUCGAGUGGAGGUCUACCGUGCCGAGGGCACGACACAGUGGUACACGGCGGUCAUCGUCGGCUACAACGAGGCUACCAAGGAUCUGACGGUGACGGACGACACGGUCCUCGAGGAUCACAACGAGGAUCCGUGCCUGGUGCAAAUGAGGCUCAUCGGCGACGGAGUGGUCGACAGUAUCAUGAGGGGCGAAAACGUCGGCAUGACACCAAGGAGGUCGAGAUCCUCGACGGCCCUCAGCCACGCUUUGGUCAUGCCGCGCAACGGUCGCAAAUCGCGGGGACGACCAGGCAGCGCAGCGCAACUCCAGACGACAUUGAGGUCGCACAGCCUGCUUCCACAGCAGCAACAACAGCCACAGCAGCAGCAACAGCAGCAGCAGCUCGAGAAAGGUAACGCAACACUAACCCACACGCGCGUGCCGAUGUGUGUUAACGCGCCGGUCGGAAAAGGUCGACGAUGCGAGCUGCACAGUCGCGGGCGCCGAGUGGGAGAAGAAGUGUCAGAGA